GCCACCCGCGCGCAGGUCCGCGGGGAGGGGCGGCCUACUGACGGGCCCACGGCGGGGCGUUCCUGAAGGGCGCCCUAGGCCGCCCUCAUCGCCCCCCAGAUGUACUAUGCGGUCUCCCAGGCGCGCGUGAACGCGGCCCCCGCGACCAUGCUUCGGCCCCAGCGGCCUGGGGACUUGCAGCUCGGGGCCUCUCUGUACGAGUUGGUGGGCUAUCGGCAGCCGCCUUCCUCUUCCUCUUCCUCCUCCACUUCCUCCUCCUCCACGACGGCACCCCUCCUCCCCAAGGCUGCGCGCGAGAAGCCAGAGGGGCCAGCCGAGCAGCUAGGCAACGGGCCGGGGUCCGGCGCGCACGCUGGCGGCGGUGCCCGGGCUGACGCCAAAGAGGAGCAGCAGCAGCAGCUGCGGCGCAAGAUCAACAGCCGCGAGCGGAAGCGAAUGCAGGACCUGAACCUGGCCAUGGACGCACUGCGCGAGGUCAUCCUGCCCUAUUCUGCGGCGCACUGCCAGGGCGCGCCCGGCCGCAAGCUGUCCAAGAUCGCUACGCUGCUGCUCGCCCGCAACUACAUCCUGCUGCUGGGCAGCUCGCUGCAGGAGCUUCGCCGAGCGCUGGGCGAGGGCGCCGGGCCCGCUGUGCCGCGCCUGCUGCUGGCUGGCUUGCCCCUGCUGGCUGCCGCGCCGGGCUCAGUGCUGCUGGCACCCGGCGCCGUGGGGCCCCCCGACGCGCUGCGCCCCGCCAAGUACCUGUCGCUGGCCCUAGACGAGCCGCCGUGCGGACAGUUCGCGCUUCCCGGCGGUGGCGCGGGCGGCCCCGGCCUCUGCACCUGCGCGGUUUGCAAGUUCCAGCACCUUGUCCCCGCCGGCCUGGGCUUGGCAGCGGUACAGGCUCAGUUCUCCAAGUGAGGCCCUGCCGGGGCCCUGGGCGAGAUGGGACUUCUGCCCGGCCUCCUGCCGUCCAGCUUCCCGCACCCCUGUGCCUCUGAGUCCAGGGAGAGAGGGGGCCCGAGUAAGAAGGGCAUUUCGAAUUCAUUGGCCCAGAGGUAGGGACUGUCCAGCGCCUUCUUCCCCAGCCCUACUCCCCCAGGAAAUUAAAGCACCCCCAGCAGAUGUUACAAGGAACAUCUAGGCGGUUUAGGUUCUAGGUGGAUUCCAUCCGUUUAAGGCAGAAAGUGCCCAUCACCCAGCGAGUUCUCUCUCCCUGUCCCUAGAGCUGUGCGCCUCGCAGGACUGGUGUGAAUUUUAGGAGGCUCUGUGUUCUGUUGGGAUCCCUCUGGGUGGGGCGAAAGACCAGUCCAGAGUGCGACCUCCAGGGAGCAGUCCUCCUCCAGGCCUUGGGGGGGAUUUCGAACAGCGCAGACCCGCAGAGGAGUUGUUUGCUGGAGCCCACGGGCGCACAGUUUCCAACAGCCAAACCCAAGCUUGUCAACGGAAACUACCGGACCUGGGAGGCCGAAAAAGACCAGUUAGUCCGCGCAGACCAUCCGGGUGUCGCAGUUGGACAGACCCUCAGUGGCUCAGCGUUGGCAUCGCGGUGCCGCGGGUGGGGGCGGUGACAGCUCCAGGGUUGAUGGGUAUGCGGGGGUGGGAAGUCCAUCGGCUUUGGUAGCCAGACUUGGAAUGCUAUUUUUGAGACUCGCAUAACUAGGUGUUUCGUUGCAGGGAGUAUUUGCUCUUAAAUCCUGGGGUCUUCUUAGCGUAGAACUCGAGAUUCACCUUUCGUCUCCCCUUCCCCAAAGGUAGCAUAAUCAACAUUUGAUCUUGCUUAAAAGCAAAAACCCACCACCCUUCAUGUCAUUUGUGUUCCGGAUUUACUAAAAUAGGUAGCAAGGCUUUUCGCAGUCUCCUUCAUCUGAAGCUAGCUAAUUCACGUUCUCUUUAAAAGACGUGAAGGAGGAGGACCAGGACUCCAAACCCCUACUGCUCCGCGGACCCAGCUGUUGUUAUCGCGGCCUGCCGGUGGCAUUUUCUACCCUGUCUCUCUGUCCCUCCGGCGUAUGGAAUCCUCAACCAGCACGUCCCACCGGUCGUGCUUCUCGCCGCUUUGCCGUUGAAGAAUUACAUAGAUGACCCACCCUUCUUGAUCCGUUAAGGCGUUAACCAAUUACCCAAGAUUAUUAUAUGAUUUAUCAGCAGCUUGCAUUUUUUAUACUGCAAAUUUUUAGUUGUUGGUAGUAGCCGAAUUUAACUGGCAUUUUAUUUUACCUCUAACUUUGUUCCCUUGAGCUAUACAGAAUCAACAAAAUAAAACAUUGAAAGCCUAA